GUCUUGCCGUAAAUAUCUCCCGUGCACUUCGCAAGGUUUAAUUUUAGAGUCCACAUGAGGCAUAAGCAGAGCAACUCCAGCUGAAGUCAGAAGCUUGCCAGUUUGCUCUGUGUCAGUAUUCUGACAAACAUUUAGCGUCGGAGAUGUCGAGCAGAGAUACCGAGGACCUGAAUGAGGAGGACAUUGAUGAGGAUGAGCUCCUCGCUACGCUUUCGCCUGAGGAGCUUAAGGAGCUCCAGAGUGAAAUGGAUAUUAUAAUUGCUCCAGAUGAUAGCGUUCCAGUUGGACAGAGGCAGAAGGACCAGACAGAGAAGUCACCGACUGGAAGCUUUGACCACAGAUCCUUGGUCGGCUACCUCUACUGGGAAAAGGAAUCCAAACGCAUGCUUGAGGAAGAAAGAGUGCCUGCUACUCUGCUACCCAGUGAGAAAACACUGAGCAAGGAGGCUGAAGAGAAAGAAAAAGUCAACACGGUGGAAGAUGGGCACGAUGAAAUUUGUGAAGGAAAACAAGAAGUCAUUGAGGAAAAGGCUAAAGAUGAUACUGGAGACGGGAAAAUAGCUGAAGAAAAGAUAGAGGAGACCGUUAAGGAAGUUGUCAACAACGUGAAAGAGAGCAAUGAAGUGGACAAAGCGCUCCCUGAGAAAGAGAUGAAUACAAAUCAGUGUGAAAAAAGUCAGACAAAAUCUGACGGCACAGAAAAGGAAACGGUAAGCCAUGAGAACGGAACGACACAAGUUAAAGAGGAAAGUAAAACGACAGACGCUUUGCCUCCUCCGGACUCACUGGGGGAUGCAAAGACAAGUGAGCCCAACGACAAAGUCCAGCAAAAAGAGGAGCCAAAGAUCAAUAAAUUAAAAAUCCCCAAGCUGGCACUGAACAACAUCAAAAUGACAUCUCGACCAUCGGGAAAUGAGACAAACUUAGAGUCGACGCUGGACAAGAUCCGAAACAACAAUUCUUCUGUCACCGAGGUGAAUCUCAACAACAUCGAAAACAUUCCCAAAGAGAUGCUCCUGGACUACGUCAACGCCUUGAAGAAGAACAAACACGUGAAAACCUUCAGCAUCGCAAACACCGGCGUGGAUGAAAACAUCGCCUUCAACCUGGCCAACAUGUUACGCGAGAAUCGCAGCAUCACCACGCUCAACAUCGAGUCCAACUUCAUCACCGGAAAGGGAAUCGUCGCCAUCAUUCGAUGCCUGCAAUUCAACGAGACCCUCACCGAGCUGCGCUUUCACAAUCAAAGACACAUGCUGGGUCAUCAUGCCGAGAUGGAGAUUUCACGGCUGCUCAAGGCCAACAGCACCUUGCUGAAGAUGGGCUACCAUUUUGAACAGCCGGGGCCGAGGAUGGUGGUGACUAAUCUCUUAACCAGGAACCUGGACCGCCAGAGGCAGCUGAGAAAGGAAGAGCAGAAGCAGCAGCAGCUGAAGGAGCAGAAGGAGGUCAUGCAGAUGUACGAGAGCAGUCUCAACCUGCCUCCGGGUUUACUUGAGAUGCUGGGCUACAUACCGCCCCUCGAACUCCUGCAGAAACACGGGCUUGUUGCGCCUCCAAAAGAACUGAAUAACGUGCCGCCAAAAGCAGAAGCAAAGGAAAUCAAAGAGGAACCAGAGCCACCAAAGCAGCUAAAACACAAGAAAAUUCCCAAGCAACCAAGCGCUGAGACCCAAAACCCAUUGAGAGAAGUCCGGCUGAAGAAAACGCCAAAGAAACGUGACCAUUUUCAGGAGUUGGAUCGCAGAGAGGCCAGUCGACAAGAGAGAGCAAAUGUCCAACUGAGGAAGACUCCCAAAGUGAAGGAGUCAGUCACAGAAGGGCCGGUGGAAGAAAAAGCAAACCUGAAGGACGUCAUUAAGACUUUGAAGCCGAUCCCUCGCAAGCGAGUGCCACCCAAGGUUGAUCCCACACCCCGCGACGAGCUCCUAAAUGAGAUCAAGAAGAGUAACGUGGCCUACCUUAAAUCUGUGCCGCUCCCCAAAGCCUUGGAAUCAAGUGAAACAAGUCUCAUCUGAGGCAGUGCCUUACCGUAAUCUGUGUUUGACACCGAUUGUAUUUUGGAAAUGAACUGUGCAGUGACAAAGAACAAUUUGUUCACAGUGACUGGUUGUUGUUCCACCAUGAGUCACAAAAGCAAAGAUGUGGGACUGUACAUUUGAAAUUAGAAGUACAUUAAAAUUAUGGAGUCAUUUGAUGAUGAUUAAUGAUUAUUUAGGACAAAUCACAGUUGUUUCACAAAACAACUUUGAUUUGAAAUGUCAACCUUCUGGUUUUAAAAAAAUACAAA